GGCGGAGCCAGAGAUCUCUCCCCGACCUCCUGUGGGGUUGGGCCCUCCUUGCUCGCGGCUCCCGCUCCACCAUGGCCCCCAAAGGCGCCUCCAAGCAGCAGUCCGAGGAGGACUUGCUCCUUCAGGAUUUCAGCCGCAACCUCUCAGCCAAGUCCUCCGCACUCUUCUUUGGGAACGCCUUCAUCGUGUCUGCCAUCCCCAUCUGGUUAUACUGGCGAAUAUGGCAUAUGGAUCUUAUUCAGUCUGCUGUUCUGUAUAGUGUGAUGACCCUAGUAAGCACUUAUUUGGUAGCCUUUGCCUACAAAAAUGUGAAAUUUGUUCUCAAGCACAAAGUCGCACAGAAGAGAGAAGACGCUGUUUCCAAAGAAGUGACGCGGAAGCUUUCCGAAGCUGACAAUAGGAAGAUGUCUCGGAAGGAAAAAGAUGAAAGAAUCUUGUGGAAGAAGAAUGAAGUUGCUGAUUAUGAAGCUACAACAUUUUCCAUCUUCUAUAACAACACCCUGUUCCUGGUCUUGGUCAUUGUUGCAUCCUUCUUUAUACUGAAGAACUUCAACCCCACAGUGAACUAUAUUCUGUCCAUAAGCGCUUCAUCAGGUCUCAUCGCCCUCCUUUCUACUGGCUCCAAGUAGAUGGACUGCAUCAGCCUCACCCCCCGGCUCUGCAUCUACGGGUGGCCUGUGGCAUAUGAAAAGCAGCGGGUGGUCAGGGUGCGAGACACAUGAGAUGUUUUUGUAGUCUGGAGUUGGAAGGUUUGAAAAACCCAGCACGAUGUAAUUUAGUAUUUGUUUGUUGGCUCUUUUUUUGACAGAUUGUUGAAAUUAUAUGACUUGAAAGGGACACUCAGAGUACCAGGACACUUAUUAAAAGGCAAAGUGUGUCUCCCAACGUGCUGUAAUCACAAGAGGAGAAAAUAACUUGUUUCUUUGAUUUGUCAGAGGUCACAGUAACCUGGACUGAACUGUUGUUAUUUGUAAUAGUAGCAAGAAGUUAACUGCUGGUUCUGUGUGUUCCAAACACAAUAUUACAACUGUUUUGGAACCAGAAAUACCAGACUGAAUCCUCUUCCUUCCCCUUUCCCCCAGCUGGGCGGCGGGACUGAACUUCAUGUUUACAAGUCUCUGAAUUUGUGAUUGGAAAUAACUCAAUUAACGUUAAAAACAUGGUUUAUCCAGCUUGGGGAAGAGAAACUUGUGGAAAAGUUCUUUUUUUAAAAAAGAAGCAAGGCAGCCACAGCAGUAACGACUGACAGUGCCCAGGCAUGUGAGAGUUGCCCUGUGGGGUUGAAGUCGCCCUGUUCAGCUGUGUAGCUUUGGCCUUGGGCAGCCGGGGAGGUCAGUUUGACCCUGGCGUGCUAGUUUGACUUGUUGAGAGACUGGCACCGUUUUCUUGGAGCGGGGUUUUACUGCUGGAGGACUGGUCCCUGAGAUUGACAUGUAAAAGACCAGAGUAAUUUUUGUGAUCUUAGCUCCAGAAUUUGAAGAGCAUUCCAAGGAAUGAAAGUGAUUUUAGAGCUCGUCAGCAUUUUUCCACUCAGAUGUUUAUAAAUUUGACCUUCCAGUCCACAGGUUCCCAUUGAUUGUGAAUAAAAUAUUGAUCUGUUCAGCCCUUGGGGGUCCA